UUUCUGGUCUUUCUCCCGAGUAUUGCGCUCCGUCUCUCUCUCUCUCUCUCAAAAAUUUCAAUGUCGUUCUUUAAUAACAACUCUCUGGAAGGCGAAUCCACCACCACCCAGAUUGAGAACACUACAGAUGUCAAACACCCACAAGGUCAACCUCACUGGUACUCACCACAAGCAGGAAUUUACCAUAGCAAACACCCUCCUAUUCACCUCCCAACAAACGCAUUUCUUGAUGUUGUUUCCUUCAUCUUCUCAAAAACCCACAAUGGUGUCUCAGCUCUCAUCGAUUCCACAUCUGGGUUCACAAUCUCUUACUCUGAGCUCUACCCACUUGUCAAAUCAAUGGCCUCUGGCCUCCACCAAAUGGGUAUUUCACAAGGUGAUGUGGUUUUGAUUCUCUUGCCCAAUUCAAUUUACUUCCCUGUUGUUUUCUUUGGUGUUCUUUACUUGGGUGCAAUUGUAACCACCAUGAAUCCUCUCAGUAGUCUCUCUGAGAUAAAAAAGCAAACACUUGACUGUAAUACAAUUCUUGCCUUUACUGUCAUCAAUGCUGUUGAAAAGCUUAAUGCAUUGGGUAUUCCUGUGAUUGGGGUCCCAGAAAAUAUUGGCUCUGAUUCUACCCAGAUUGGUAGUUCUGAUUUUUACAAGCUCAUUUCAAGCAAUCCCAAUUGGGUUCCAAGGCCUGUGAUUCAUCAUCAAGACACCGCGGCGAUUAUGUAUUCGUCGGGCACUACGGGUACUUCCAAAGGGGUUGUGUUAACACAUAGGAAUUUUGUGGCAAUGAUUGAACUUUUUGUUGGGUUUGAAGCUUCUCAAUAUGAGUAUAUGUGUACUGAAAAUGUGUAUUUAGCUGUUUUGCCAAUGUUCCAUAUUUAUGGCCUUUCACUAUUUGUGAUGGGGUUGUUAUCAUUGGGUACUAAAAUUGUUGUGAUGAGAAAGUUUGAUGCCAAUGAAAUGGUGAAAGCUAUUGAUAUGUAUAAGGUCACCCACUUCCCUGUUGUGCCGCCGUUGCUGACAGCACUGACAGCCAGAGCUAAGAGUGUCGGUGGAAGUGUUUGCAAGAGUUUGAAACAGGUUUCAUGUGGCGCGGCUCCAUUGAGCAGGAAAAGCAUCGAGGAGUUCCUUCAGAUUCUCCCUCAUGUUGAUUUCAUUCAGGGUUAUGGCCUUACUGAGUCAACAGCUGUAGGAACCCGUGGCUUCAAUUCUGAAAAGCUUCAUAAUUAUUAUUCAAUAGGACUUCUGGCUCCAAACAUGGAAGCUAGAGUGGUAGAUUGGGUUACCGGUUCAUUCUUGCCUCCUGGAAGGAGUGGUGAACUUUGGUUAAGAGGACCUGCUAUUAUGAAAGGUUACUUGAAUAAUAAUGAGGCAACUGCAAUGACAGUUGAUGAAGAUGGUUGGCUACGUACAGGAGACAUUGUUUAUUUUGAUGAAGAAGGGUACUUGCAUAUAUUUGAUCGGUUGAAAGAGAUCAUCAAAUACAAGGGCUUUCAGAUUGCUCCUGCCGAGUUAGAGGCUGUAUUGGUUUCCCAUCCAGAUAUACUUGAUGCUGCAGUAACUGCAGCCAAGGAUGCAGAAACGGGGGAGGUCCCAAUGGCUUUUGUAGUCAAGAAGCCUGGAGUUCUUCUUUCUGAGGCAGCCGUAAUAGACCAUGUUGCUAAACAGGUUGCACCAUACAAGAAAGUGAGGAAGGUGAUGUUCACACAGUCGAUUCCGAAGUCAGCGGCUGGAAAGAUUCUCCGAAGGGAACUGAGGAGCUUGACUUCAAGAAUGUGAGAACUAUUCAGACAGGCCCAGCUCCAAGUUGGUAGAUUAUAUUUGACAAAGGGAAAAACUGCAGAUGGUCAAAGCAUAAGCACAUUUAGUUAGAUGGCAUUCUGUCAAUUGAUAUCACGGGCCAAAUUUUUUUUUGGGUGUGUAGUGUUGAUGAUGUAUGAUAUCUUAUAAAAGUUUAUGCUGCCAUAUGUACUUAUCUGAUCAGCAUAUUUGUCAAAAUCUAAUGAGCUUAGAUUUGUAGAAUUGAUUAUAUUGUGGUUGAAAUGGAGGGACAAGUUCUGCUAAAAUAAUAGUGCAAGGAACCCAGAAGGUUCUAAAUACAUAAUAGGCAUAUGUGAGGCAAAAAAUGUUCGCAUCUUGUAAACAUGUUUACAUUUAUAGAUAUGAAUGCAUGUGUCACAUCUGUGCAUUCUGCGUUUGAAA